UGGCAUAUUUGUUAUGGAGUGGCCAUCACCAUAGACUGCGAUGGAUGGGGCAGUCUAUCUCAGAGGGUGUAGACCUCCUGGGGAUGCCUCUGAGUUAACAAAAAAAGAAUGCGCUGAGACCCCUACCUCAUGGGUGGUGUGGAAACGUGGGUCAAUAUCCAAGCAGAUUAAAAGUUACAUCACAAGGUGAACUUUGUCCCCCAUUUUCCCCUAUUUAAGCAGGACCAACAUCGAGAUAGUCAGUAUAGCAGCACCACUCUAGAAGUCAACAUCAUCUGCCAUCUUAAACAUUUACAUCAUUAUAAUGGACAAACAAAUGUUGCAAGAACUAGCUGUCCUCGAGGUUUAUGACGGUCCUUCUAAGGUCCCUUGUAAGGACCUCACCGCCGCAGAGGGCUACCCCAUAAACUCCAUGAAGCGCACGGAGACGAAAUACGGCCCAUCCAUCAUGGUCGAAAUCGUCAUGCCAAAGGGAGAGACAGCCAUCACUUUCCUCCCUCGAAGAUUUGUCGACCAGCUGACAAACCAGCAGAUUGACCGCUUCAACAAAGGCGGCUUCAAAAUCCAAUGUACAGGGAUGACAGGGCGAAGCCCCAACGUAAAGUUCUUUAUGUAAUAAAAAAUAUAGAAAAAU